AUGACAAGUGGUGUAACGAGCAACGAAUCGAUCGAAAGAAUCGCGUUAAAAAUGCCAGUAUUCAUGCCUGAAGAUCCCGAGUUAUGGUUUUUGUUGCUCGAGAGUAGUUUUGAUGCAGCUGGCAUCACUCAAGAUGCAACGAAAUUCGGUCACGCGCUUAGUGCCUUAGACCCGCGAUAUACCGUGGAAAUUCGUGACGUUUUGCUCAAACCAAAACCCGAACGAACUUUCGAGCUUCUCAAAUCAGAACUGAUCAAGCGCAUGGGUACUUCUCAGGAACAAAAUACUCGCCGUCUCCUAGAAAACGAACCGCUCGGUGACAGAAAACCAACGCAAUUUUUACGUCAUCUCCGCAACCUGGCAGGAAAUAAGUUUCCCGAGGAUGUCCUGCAGACUCUCUGGCUCGGGCGCUUGCCGAAACAUAUGCAAGCCAUGCUUGCCGCACACAGAGAUCUUCCCCUGGACAAACGUGCUGACAUCGCGGACUCUGUCGCGGACGCUUACGGGAGCUUGUGUAACGUCGCGGAAACGCACACGGGUGCAAGUGUGACAGCCUCGAGUGCCGCUGCUAAUCCGUUUGAGGCCCGGUUUGCCGGACUAGAACAGACUCUCGCGCUUGUGUUGCAAAAAUUUGCCUCCCUUGAAGUGAACCAAGUGUCUCGAGGUCGAGACCACUCUCACUCAAGGUCACGGUUUAGGUCUCGAUCACACUCUCGAAACCGACGACAGCAGUCCAGGGACAUGUGCUGGUACCAUUGGAAGUUCGGUAGUGAUGCUAGGAAAUGUGAAAAACCGUGUAAAUUCGAGAGUGCGGAAAACGCUGCGGGAAGUCGUUAA